AUGGGGAGUUCUUCUUCCUCCUCUUGUGGCUCAGCCUCCUCCAUGGCUCAUCUUGGUUCCCUCUUGAUCACUCUCAUCAACCAAUUGGUUCACCUCUUCUCCUUCCUCUUCACUCUCAGUCUCAUCACUUCCUCUUCAUUGGAGAGCCAUCCCCCUCUUGAACAAGGUUCACUCCAAUCUCAAACUCUCCCUUGCUCACUCUCACUACUAUGGGUCAUUCCUCUUCUUGGUUCUCCUUUCUUCCCUCAACCUCUCUUUCAGACUGCUCCUCAGAGACAUCCCUGCAUCAGAUCUUCCAUCUGCUGGUUCCUCUCUUCCCUUUCUCACAUAUCCUUCAUCUUACAUCCUUUCUCUCAUUCUCUUGCUUUCUCUCCUUCUUUCUGA